AAAAAGUUUUUUAAUACAGUUGCUCAAAAAGUGGCGUAUUGCAGGGACGUGUAGCGUUCGGGAUCUGGGCUAUUUCACACUCGUGCUUUUUUUUGCCUUUCCCGAACUCGUGCGUUUUCUUUCCCAACUGUUUCUUCUUUCCCAAAAAAACAACCAUGAAGUUUUAACUAAAAAAAUCAUAGAAGUUUUUGCGAUUCAUGCAAAUAGGUUUAUUUGUUUUUAAAAAGAAGCUACCUAUACUAAUUUGUCCAAUAUCAGAAUUAAUUAAUUGAUUGAAUGAGUUAGGUAAGGUUUCAGUUCAUUUCAUAUUAUUAAAUUUCAAUUUCAUUUCUUAUAAUAAAAAAUACUAAGUACUAAAGACUUGGCUGUAUGGGCAGUUCCCUUUGCCUACCAGAUUAGGUGAAAAACAACUGCUAACAUUCUACGGUUGGCGCCAUUUUCCGAAAUUUUCUUUGCGAGUUUAGUUGUUUUUUACACAAAAUGAGUAAUUUUGACCUAAAUUUUUUUGAAUUAACUCCACCGGAACUCAGUAUAAUUGCACAAAAUGCUUCGGUGAACAUUUUACCGGAAAAGUCAAAAAUUCGCUACAUAUCUACAUACGAUGAAUUUAUUGCGUGGAAAGAAGAGAAAAAAGCAAAUAGUUUUUCAGAAAAUGUUAUGUUGGCAUACUUUUCCGAACUCUCAGCAAAAUUAAAACCUUCUACGUUAUGGUCAAGGUUUUCGAUGAUAAAAAGUAUGCUGAAAAUAAGGAACAACGUGGAUAUAAGUCAAUAUCCAAAAUUAAAUUCUUUCUUAAAACGACAAUCAGACGGGUUUACCAGUAAAAAGUCGAAAAUAUUAACAUCAAAUGACGUGGAAAGGUUUUUGAAAGAAGCUCCCGAUGAUUGUUAUUUAGCCACAAAGGUUGCUCUGAUUUUUGGCGUUGUUGGAGCUUGCCGCAGAGAGGAGUUAGCCAAUAUUACUUUAAAAGAUAUUGAAGCCCAUGGAGAAAUGCUACUUAUCAAGAUUCCAAACACAAAAAAUAAGAUACCGCGAAGCUUUGUUGUUGAAGGAGAUUUUCUCACAAUAGUGAAAAAAUAUAUGAACCAGCGGUCCCAAAAAGGAAAAUCCGACCGUUUUUUUCAAAAUUUCCAAAAAGGGAAGUGUACAGCUCAAGUAAUCGGCAUAAACAAAUUUGGUAAUAUGCCAAAAGAAAUAGCUACGUUUCUUGGUCUGCCGGAUGCUGAGUGUUAUACUGGGCACAGCUUCAGAAGGACCUCUGCUACAUUAUUGGCAGAUUCAGGAGCCAAUUUGACGUCCUUAAAGCGACUAGGUGGUUGGAAAUCGGACAAAGUUGCAGAAAGCUAUAUUGGUGAUGCAUUAAACAACAAACUAGAAACUGGGAAAAAGAUCACACAAUCCAUUAAUUUAAGGUCCAGUCCGUCUCCUUCACAUGCUGAAGAGAACGUUCGUCCAUCUACGAGUACCUUCGUUGAUAAUGAUAAUUCAUCAGAUCCAAUUCCAUCAACUAGCAAACGCCAUUGUAUGACAAAUAUACAUGAACAAUCAUACGAAAUUAAUAAUAGUUUGUCUCAAACAGUAAAUAUGCAACGUAAAACUUCCCCAGUUAGUAUAAAAAACUGUACCAAUUUCAAUGUAUAUGUGAAUUAUAACUUUUAUAAGAAAUAA